GCGCCUUAACGCCUUAACGUCCAGAUAAGUCUUUUAUGAUGACUGGGUUAUAAUCCCUUCAAUAUGACUAGAACAGGAAUGAACGCUAAAUGAUUAAACUUUGACUUGUGGUCAAUUUAUGAACCGAAUUUGCCCUGGCGUCUAAUCCAGCUUAUCCAAAUAAGCUCAACGUUAAUGAACUCUAACCUCUAAAUUGUUGAAAAAGACAUAUCAAAAGAUCCCGCAUCAUCUGGCCAAGGCAAAGGAUGCCCAAAAGCUGGGAAGGAGCUUUCUCUGCUGGGAAUUGGCCACAUGAAAAUGUGUGAGCGGUAUAAUUUUGGUGAGCCGUCAGUUCCACAGUGAAAGGCUCCUAGACGAGAUGGAGCUCAAAAAGGAAUGGAGUGCCUUUGGAAUACUUCUUCUGAUGACCAUUAUCAGUGCUGUGAACGUCGUUUUCACCUCCUAUUACUUGGCCUUUAAGGGCAUCAGCGAAAUGGAAAUCGUGGAAAGUGUGGUCAAGCGAAAUGCUCAAGAUUUGGGUCCGGGUGAAGUGAUUUGCUCUGGACCGGAUUUUGUCUACGUUGGACGCAAUCAGAUCUUCUUAGCUGAUCCCGAUCGAUCGGACCAUCAUAAUUAUCAAUUCAGCUCGUUCAGUCAAGAAAAUCUACCAGAUAUCAUUCAGACCUCAACUUUGCGCUCCAAGCCAACCAGUGACUUUGAAAUCUCAUCAUUGAACGAGAUCCGCAUGUUUGGGCCCAAAAAAGCCAAGCUUCAAUCCUUGGGAGGUUCGGUCAAGAUCAGCUCCCUCAAGAACUUGGAGCUCAACGCGCUCAAUGCCAUCCAACUCAAAAGUGCCAAUAUUUUCAUUCAAAUGCCGGAACCCGGUCGACCAGGUCGUUUGAAUAAAGCUGGGUUUCAAUUGUGUUCUUGUGAGAAUGGCAUGCUUUUCGCCAGUGUCAAUGAUCAUCCGUGCUCAUCGGACUACCAGGUCUGUGAAAUGGAGAAGAUGGAGAUGGAAUCUCGUUAAAUUGAAAUUAAGCGUUCUGACGUACAUACGUCAAUCCACUGGAUUUCUCAACGCCUUUGAAAUAACAAAAGUUGAGAUUGAAGGGGCCAUUUACAAAGUUGCAAUAGGUUUGGAUAAAAUAUUUGCUUGUUAAUCAUCAUUUGGAUUCAAAUCUAAGCCGCCAUGUACUUAACUAUUUCAUUCGGAAUAA